AUGAUGGAGGUUACCUAUAAGGACUUCCGCUACUUCAUGCGCCUGCUCUCACGACGCGCCCAGCUCUGGACAGAGAUGGUCGUGGACGACACAAUUCUGCACAAUACCGAAACCGAGAAGUGCGAUCGUUUUUUGAGGUACAACGAGGCUGAGCAUCCCAUCGUCUGCCAGCUAGGAGGCAGCGACCCAAGCAAACUUGCUCAGGCGGCGGAGAUCGUGCAGAGGUAUGGUUACGAUGAGGUCAACCUCAACUGUGGAUGCCCCUCCAGCCGCGUAGCUGGCAAAGGCGAGUUCGGCUGCUCCUUGAUGAAGAAGAAGGACGUAGUUCGAGAAGCCAUCCGGGCGAUGAGUCGGGCGGUGCAGAUUCCGGUAACUGUGAAGUGCCGUUUGGGUGCAGAUGAGUUUGACUCGCCCGAGUUUACCCGCGACUUCGUGAGAACCGUUGCCCAGGGUGGGUGCAAACAUUUCAUCAUCCAUGCGCGGAAGGCCUGGCUCAGUGGGCUGUCACCUGCGCAGAACCGAACCAUUCCGCCGCUGCACUAUCCAAGAAUCCUCGACCUUUGCCAUCAGUUCCCAGAUCUCAAGUUCAGCAUCAACGGCGGGAUCACGGAUGUGGGCCAUGCGAGGGCACUACUUGGCUUCCCACAUCAGCAUUUGGAGGGCGAGACCGAAGAGCUUUACUCCACGGCUUGGGGCUGGCCGGGUUCGGACGUCUUCUGCGGGUCUACGGAGCCAUGCCCAGCUGUGCCGCCGAACCUUGAGGGCGUGAUGAUCGGCCGGGGCGCCAUGAAUUCUCCCUGCAUGCUUUGGGAUGUGGAUCACAGCCUUUAUGGCGAAGAGAAGCGGAAGCCAAUGACACGCCGUGAACUUCUCGAGGGCUACAAAGAGUAUUUGCAGGAUGCGCAUACGGACGGCACUUCCGUGGGGUCGAUCCACCUGGCUUUGAAGCCGACACUGGGAAUUCUUGCGGGAAUUCGCGGAAACAAGGCCUACCGUGCUACUGCCGACAAAACUAUGCGGCGAAAGGAUGUUGCUGAGAUGGGUCCUGCCUAUGUUCUGGAAGCAGCCAUCAAAGCCGUAGACGAGGCCAAUCCAGGCAUCACAGACGAAGAGGCGAAGGAAUUGAUUGAGGAGCUGGAGACCCAGCUCGACGUGAGCCCCCCCAAGGAUGUCAGGGUCAUGGCCACCCCAGGUGCUGUUCGCCGCCUCGACUCAAUGCCAGAUGUUUCAAUGACCCCCUUGCCAGACACACCGCAGACUAUGGUGAUGAGCACCCCGGCGCCGGCAAAGGAGGAGAGCCGGGAAGCUCAGGAGUGGGGAGAUGAUUAUUGGAACGACGAGGAGUGGUGGCAGGGACGGUGGCACAGUCACCAGCCGAGAUCUUGGAUGAGUCGGAGCUGGUCUUGCGAGUCCUCAAUGUCGUGGCAUGAGGAUUGCGGCCAUAGCCAUGGCAAGCAGUGGUGGAUGAGGCGGGGCUGGUCGUCAGAGCUGGACCCCAUCUACUCCGGGGCCUCCCAGAGCUGCGAGACGGCCCUGAAGCGAUCGCCCACUACGGUUUCGGAGCAAGCCAGGCCCACCUCGGAAAGCGUGGCUUUGGAGGAAGCCGAAAGGAAGUCGGCGAAGACACCGGCCCCCACAAACGAGAAGCCGUCCAUGGACGUCGACGAGAAGCCGCCCACAGACGAGAAGCCACCCGCGACAGACAAGAAGCCGCACACGAAAGACGAGAAGCCCGCCACAGACAAGAAGCCGACCACAGACGAGAAGCCGACCACAGACGAGAAGCCCACCACAGACGAGAAACCGACAGACGAGAAGCCCACCACAGACCAGAAGCCGACCACAGACGAGAAGCCGACCACAGACGAGAAGCCGACCACAGACGAGAAGCCGACCGCAGACGAGAAGCCGACCACAGACGAGAAGCCGACCACAAAGCACGACAAGGGCAGCGAUUCAGAUUCGUGGCGGAAAGACCGACGUGGACAGACGACGAACUCAGUCGACACCGAGGACGAGUACCAGUGGUGGACGAAAAAGCGCAUGCUGGAAGAACUGGGACCAGAACUCACGGAGGAUUUAGUCGCUCGACACCUCAAAGAGGAUCCGAAAGCAAGCGGGCGCUUCAUCAAGCAGCACCCGGAUUUCCCACACCGGGAGGAUCUGUACCGCUACAAGAACUACGCUGCGACCAGUGAACGGCAUGGUAAGAGGCAGGAGACUUCAGCGGAGGUUGCAAUGGAAGCCGAACUCCAGGAGAGCGAGGCUUUUGAAGCGAUGGAGAAAUUGCUGAACGAGCAGCACACCUCCACCGGCACGACCCCCAAGCCGCCGAAGCCGAACAAGGACAAGAAGCCGAAGACAAUUCUGCAGCAAGCCAAGGAGGCCAACAACAAGGCCAACCAGGAGCUCACCGAGUACCAAGGGUUCGCGACGAGCUUGCAACAGGUGGAGCUACAGGCCGUAAAACGUCAGGAAGAUGCCAAUGCACUGCCGAGUUCUGCUGCAUCCGAAGGCCGAAGCGACCGAAGUUACGUAGACUGCUCUCUGCAAAUGGCAGCCGGCUUGUGCAUUGUGAACAGAAUGGCAGAAUACGUUGGCGAACGAGUGUGGUACGCUGUGGUAAAGGAAGCGCUGCUUUUCUUCGCCAUAAUGCCACAGGACGUUGGGCUGGAAGCUCUUGGGCAGAGGCCUGGCACGGGCGCCGGUGAGGAGGUGUUCAGAGUCUUUGGACAAAGGGCACAUGCAGACGCUCGAGCGGCCAACGACGCAUGUGCUUUGGCCCACCAGCUCGUGGCGAAUGCAAGCCGUGGAGGUCGGUCAGCAGGCUCCUUGUCAGGAGGCAAUCUCCUGGCAGCAGCUUUGGCAGCCGGUCGGGUCGGCACACAUGCAGAUCGCACAGCCGCAACCGCGCGAGAAGGUGCACAGCUUUGCAUGGGAAUUCUGGAAGAUGCCGUCCAGGUGAAUGCGAGCGCGUUGGCUCGCGAAACGGCGAAGCGAUGCGCAGAGCAGGCCCUUCGCAGCAUCGAGGCUGCCACCUGCGCGGAACAGCACAGUCGCUCCCUACGGGAUGUCCUCGCGCACACACUGAGCGCAGCAGAACUCCAAGCGCGAGCACACUCUGGGAAUACCGGCUUGCCUUGCGACACCCUUGCCGCGCUUGCAGCCGCCGCACCAUCCGUCUCGUCAAGGCAAGCUUCGCCAGAUGCCGUGCGCUGGUGGCAGGAGAUUGACCUGGCGAGUGUACCCAAAGAGGCCUCAAUUGCAGGGCGCGGUGUCGACGGCCCUGUGAUCUCUACAGAUGGUUUAGCACGACAUCUCGAGGCCGCUGUGAGGCGAUGUCGCCCCGACGAGCCCUCCGAGGAUGACUUGCAAGCGCUGGCGGCUCUGGUCGAGUGGAGAUUUGCGAAGGCUGCUUCGCUUGGACUGCAAGAAGAGGAAGUGCUCCAGGAUGAAGUCGUUACACAGUUGGUCUGCUGGAGCCCAGACGAGGAGGCGCCCCAGCUUCCCAUGGAGCUGCAGAAUCACGUUAACAGAUGUGGUCGAAGUCUCGUUCUGGCGCUGAAGGCUGCAUUCUUCCAGCCAGAUGCACAAGAGGUGUUCAGCACCAGCAAGGCCAGGCGCCAGCCUUUCCCGGGCACAUUUCAGACACUUCGGCGAGGAGUGGCCGCAGAGGAAGGUGAAUGGGAGAAUUUGUGCGACCAGCUUGGCUGGGUCUCUUCGGUGAGUUUCAAGCUCGACAAGGCAGAACAGGGCCAAGAUCUUUCUUCGGCAGUGGCCACCACGCAGUCUUGGGUGAUGGCCAAAACUGCCGAGGUAGAGGAGGUGAACCGCAUCUUGGACCCCACUGACCAAGAUUGGAGUGUGGACCAGAUCACACUCCGACAGCUGCAUGCAUUAUCGAACCGCAGCCGGUCCUCGAAGACGCAGAGCAAGCGAAGCAUACAGCCAUCGACAAAUGCGGCUGAGAAGCCUUCAGCCCAGGCGUCGAUCAAUACCGUCGAUGACGAAAAUCAGGUGCGUCGGAUACUCACUGACCUUCUCGGAGAAUGGGACAAGGUGCAGCCGGAAACCCUCGGAGGAAGGGGCUUUGUGGAAGAAGAGGCCCUGCCAAGAAAAGGAACUACGAACAUAUCUUCCACACCGGCAUAUGGCGCCGACCUCGCCGGCAUGCCGUUGCAAUGGCCGACGACAGGCGUGGCUGCUGGUGCGAAUGCUAUGUCGUCGUCCAAUCCAGGGUACACCAUUCCAAGACCCACGCGGGUCAAACAAACUCCGCUUGGACUUGGCGUAGAUUUGCUCAAUGCUGGUGUCGCGGGCGGACAUGAACCUGCGACUGUCGAGGUCAGUGCAUCAUCUCCGGUGCACAAACUCGUGGAGCCACCACAUCUUUUGCGGACAGCACUGGAGUGUACGGAAGAUGAUCAGGACGACGAGGCCUUGUUUCACAACAGGUUAGAAAUCGAUGGAAACGAAAAGCUUGUGCUGGAACAGCUGCUUGUCAUUGUUUUCGGUAGGAUGGUGCAGAGCUGUCAAUAUUCGGAGAGGGCGCCGAGCAGCUACCUCCGCGACUUGGCAGCCUUGUGUGUCGUAGAAUCGCUGGAGAUGUGCGUGGUGGCAGUGCAAUUCCUCGAAGGGUCCCGGGGAUCAGUUUGCAGGAUUCCAUUGGCAGACUUCGUCGAUGCUUCCAAAGGCCCAGGUGACUGCGCAGACCUUGACGAUUGCUCCAGCCCUGCUAGAGUAACAGCUGCAGACAUCUCCGUUCGGCUCUACACGCGAAGACCGCGUGGACGCCGAGCAGCUGUGGCGCGAGCGCUGAUGGCCAUCGGAGUCCAGGUGGAUUUGGCGGCUGUCAGCAGCCAGCCAGAGCUGCUACCUUGGUGGGCCAUCUUUGAUGAGGCGGAGACUUUCCAGCCAGGGCUUUGCACAUCUCGCCGCCGCGCAGUUCGCUAUCGCUUGUCACCCAAGGCGGAAGGCAGCGCUGUGCCUCCCCAGCUGCUGGACGCCGUCUUGGCCGGAGGAGCGGUUGUGCGCCAGGGCCGGGUUGUCCUUCGAGGAUUACGGCUGGUUAAGGCCAGAGCCAGGGAGGCCACGGCGUGCCUCAGGGACGGCUUGCCAGAGUCAGAGGGCCGGUAUGAGGGGGAGGCCUUGCGUGUUGGCAAGGCCGCUGGUGCGCUUGUUUCAGCAGGCACGAGCUGGGCCAACCUGGGAGGCUUCGUUGGCCAGGCCAUAGCUGGAAGCCUUCUCGACGAUGGCAACUCAACAACCGCGAUGGCUACGGCAGCCGGAGGCUGGGCUGGAGGCUUGGCAGGAAGCGGAGUUGCAGCUGCUGCUGCCUCCAGCCUGGGCAUUGAGGCCCUGGGUGCCGGCUCUGUGGCUGGAGGCUUGGUGGUGUGCGGCUCUCUCAGCGCUGUGGGCGCGGUGGCCGGCGCCGGCCUGGCCUUCGCCGUGAAGCGUCUCUUGGUGGCCGACAAGGGUGCGCAGCCCGACCGGAGCGCCGAAUACUUUGACUGUCCUCUACGUCUUCUCGGCAGCGCAGAUGAUGUCUUUCACCUUUUCGGCGCAAGCCUCGAGUUCCCUCCAGAAGACGGAGUCGUCACAAAUGGUGAGACCGAAGAGACGCCACGCUUGGCCGCCGCAGGGUGGUAUGCAGUGAGAGUGUCAGGGCCAUUGCCGGCAGACUGA